AUGAAGCUGGUCUCGUACGACACACCUGAAUUCCUCGCGGAGAAGGCGGAACAUGUCAUCGCGAACGGCCAUACAGGGUUCACAUGCCAAGAUGCACGCGCUGCGGUGUUACAUCCUCCUCUCACCCACUAUCUGCGGAUGCUGCCUCCUCCUGCGAUUCCCCCUCUUCCUAGUAUACGAGACGACGAAUGGCUGCCUGGACCAGAAGUUGUAGUAGGGGGGAUUUGUAGUGCAAAUAGAGACCGAGCAGACAGCACAACGCAGUCGUUCGGGUCUAUCCCGACGAUUGCUGUACCGGAAUCUAACGUGCUUCUCGAGCGUCCGAUCCAACUCCCGGUCGAAUUAUGGGAGAAGAUUAUUGACCAUGUGGCAGACGAUUGGAAGUACGCCUAUCCGAACGGGUCGCGGACGUAUGAAGUCCAACUUCGGGAGCUGGGGAGAGUGUCGGGGAUGGCGUUCCCGAUGCAGCUUUCGUGCACAGGAGAUGCUCUGUGUGAAGAGGAGGGACAGGACGGACAAGACGCAUAUGUAUUCGCUGAUCAACGCAUUUUCAUCGGCAAUUUUGGGUCGUUUGCGGCGUGCAUGGCAUGCAAGCUGCCCCGCGUUGAGCUACUCCGAUUUUGGCACUGUUCCUGGGUGGCUGAGCAGCUACACACGCAGGUAUUUCUUCAUAUAACUCUCGCAUUUGGAUCCGUCACUACGCUCGAUCUCGACCAUGUGGAAUUCCCCUCUGCGGUGGUGUUUAGGCGGCUUCUUCGUGCGCUCCCCCUCCUCUCUUCCCUUACAUGCUAUCAGGUGCGGUUCAAAAAGGAGUGCGAUGCCGCGGGCACGGCCCGAGCGCCUUAUUCUCUCCGAUUCGACACCGUUGAUCUGUUUUAUAGCGAUGAUGUCAUGGACUUUCUCCCGUUGGCCGGCGUACACAUUCACCGUCUUUCCGGCGCUGAAGGCUACUCCGGGGAGAGUUGGACAAGGCUGCUCGUUGCUCUCGCCGAGUCUCUCUCGUCCCUGCGCAUAAGGUUACUGUAUCAUGUUCCCAAUGCUUAUUUUCCUGUAGCCAACCCAUUUGAUUUCACACCAGCUGUCAACCUACGUGUGAUAUCGUUCGAUCUUGAGCUCAAAAACUUAGCCAGAGUAGCAAGUACUUUUUCUCGCACGUCUCUUGCCAACCUGAUCGAAGUCAGGCUCGUCUUCUCUGACUAUAAUCCCAAAUCGUCGCUUGUUGAGGACGCGCUUGACAAAAUCGACAAUGACUGCUAUGCGCUGGUCGACCAGAUCCUCCUCGGCCGCCAAUAUCCUGCUCUGCAAAAGGUCGUCUUUCAUCUCGACUUCUACAACAUCCCGCACAGCAAGGUGAUGGAAGUGAUAUCCGAGAGCUCCUGGAAAAGCCAACUUUCCUCAAAGCUUCCAGCGCUGCAUUCCAGUGGACGGCUCGUGUGA